GUGAGGGGAGGCCUCGCGACUUUGGGUGAUGAGGUUGUAAUAGCAGGGUACUCCGGACAUGGGGGACAGCGCAUGCAACCGCUAGAGUGUUGGGGGUCACAGACAUCAGUGGUGUGUGGAGCUUGUGGGAACGGUUUGAGUGGGUGCAGAGGACACAGAAGGCUGCUUCACCCAAGAACAGCAUCCUAAUGGAGCUCAGAAGAGAUGAGUUAGAAGUGAUUCACCGGUUCUGGGUUGCAGACAACUAAAAACAGGGGCCUAGAUCGGGGCCCGCUAGAGCCUCUUAAACCUUAGUUUCUUCACUAUAAAGUGAAGGUAAUGCGUCCUGUAAUCUGCACAAAGGCAGUGAGUGGCUCUGAUCUGCUAGAAGCUAUGGCUCCUCUCCCUAGUUAAAAAUUGACAGAGAGCCCCAGGCAGUACCACACACUUGCUGGACCUGGCUGAGGGACUUGCUGCGAGGUGUGUUAGCUCACUUCCUGUCAGCUCACAGGAGCAGCCUCCACAGGCCUUCCCUUUUCUGGUAACCGUUCCCACACCUUUUCCUGAUGGGGACAGGCCUUGACCCCGAAGACGGUCACACACUGACAGGAAGAUGCCACCCAAGCGCAUAGCUAAGAGAAGGUCACCCCCAGAAGAUGCUCUCCCCAAAAGCAAGAAGGUGAAAGGCCCUCGUAACCGCGGUCCUGCCACCCGCUCCUGCCAAGUCUCACACAGGUCCCACAACACAGAACCAGGCUUGGUGUUGACACUGGGCCAGGGCGACGUGGGCCAGCUGGGGCUGGGUGAGAGUGUGCUGGAGAGGAAGAGGCCGACCUUGGUACCCCUUCUACAAGAUGUUGUGCAGGCUGAGGCGGGGGGCAUGCACACUGUGUGCCUGAGCCAAAGUGGCCAGGUCUACUCCUUCGGCUGCAAUGAUGAGGGUGCCCUGGGAAGGGACACAUCAGUCGAGGGCUCAGAAAUGGUCCCUGGGAAAGUGGAUCUGCAAGAGAAGGUGAUACAAGUGUCCGCAGGAGACAGUCACACAGCAGCCCUCACUGAAGAUGGUCGUGUCUUCCUGUGGGGCUCUUUUCGGGACAAUAAUGGUGUGAUUGGGUUGUUGGAGCCAAUGAAGAAGAGCAUGGUGCCUGUUCAAGUGCAGCUGGACAUGCCUGUAGUCAAGGUGGCCUCAGGGAACGACCACUUGGUGAUGCUGACGGUUGAUGGAGACCUCUAUACCUUGGGUUGUGGAGAGCAGGGUCAGCUGGGCCGUGUCCCGGAGUUAUUUGCCAAUCGAGGUGGCCGUCGGGGCCUUGAGCGACUCCUGGUCCCCAAAUGUGUGCUGCUGAAAUCCAGGGGAAGCCGGGGCCGCGUGCGUUUCCAGGAUGCCUUCUGUGGCGCCUAUUUCACUUUCGCCAUCUCUCGUGAGGGCCAUGUGUAUGGCUUUGGCCUCUCCAACUAUCACCAGCUCGGAACUCCAGGCACUGCAUCUUGCUUCGUUCCUCAGAACUUGACAUCCUUCAAGAAUUCCACCAAGUCCUGGGUGGGCUUCUCUGGGGGCCAGCACCAUACAAUCUGCAUGGAUUCAGAAGGAAAAGCAUACAGCCUGGGCCGGGCUGAGUAUGGGCGGCUGGGCCUUGGGGAGGGAGCUGAGGAGAAGAGCAUACCCACCCUCAUUUCCAGGCUACCCGUCAUCUCCUCAGUGGCCUGUGGGGCCUCUGUGGGGUAUGCCGUGUCCAAGGAUGGUCGUGUUUUUGCCUGGGGCAUGGGCACCAACUACCAGCUGGGCACUGGGCAGGAUGAAGAUGCCUGGAGCCCUGUGGAAAUGACUGGCAAACAGUUAGAGAACCGUGUAGUCUUGACUGUGUCCAGCGGGGGCCAGCACACUGUCUUACUGGUUAAGGACAAGGAACAGAGCUGAUGAAGUCUUUGUGGGCCUGGCUUCUGGCCCCCAACCCAGCUUCACAGAACAGGAAAAGAGCCAGCUACAGAUUGCAGAAGGCCCCUCCCCAGCCCUGAGCAGCUGUCAUCUCCUGUUGUUGCCCAUCACCACAGCAGAAUCCUUUUCUUCUGUUUCGUCCUCUUUUCUAGAAUCAUCUUGGUACUUACAGGAUGCAGGGGGAUGGGAAGGGGGUCUCAGAAAGAUCUUUGCUUACCCUAGACUUAUGUCAUUAGACCUUUCCUCCCUUCACUACCCUGCCUCCCGUGGUCCUAGCUGGCCCUGGCUCAUUGCCUACAAAACUCAAAACUUCCUGCCCUGAGGUUUUGGCGUCUGUGCUCUGAAAAGUUGGGACUCCAUCAAGCCCUACUUCCCAUGUGCAAUUCUUUCUGCUCCUAAUAGUAAUUUACAAGGAGACAGAUGGUAUAGUCAUUAGAUGCAUUUUUCAUGGACCCAUGCCUGGGCAGAUCUGGACAAAGGCUUUACAAGGCUCUGGGUGACUAAGCCAAAUAUUUGGCUCUAAACAGGUGUCCAUGGGCAAAAACAGUGACCCACUUGAAAAGAGCCAACUAGCUGUUCUCUGAAAAGCACAAAGCACCCUGCUGUCCCUUGGGUGCCACCUGUGCAUUCCCCAUCCAGUCAGCCUUUCUGCCACAAAGGACUGGAAAGCCAUGCUGGGCUUGGCUGGGCAGUCAGGGCAGGGUUAUGGGAAAGGGAAGUCGUGGGUUUUAGAACAGUGCUGAGGGAGGAAUGGAGGGGAAGGCUUGGAGAGGCAGAGGCUGGUCCUGAGGAAAGGAAGUGUAGUGGCUAAGAAAAUAGUUUUGAUUUUUUAAUUGUAUAAUAUUUUAGAAGGGAGAGUGAAAUCUUUUAACACUUUGAAUAAAUUUAGAGUUUUAUAAAA